AUGUCUGGUAUCGACGUCGAGGCGUUACUUGAUUCAACCGCGGACCCGGGGCCCGAUACCACCAAAUCUCCGGAAACGUCAGACCUGAAAGACAACGAAGUUGAAAAGAAAAAGGACCGUGACGGACGCCGUGACCGAGAUGGCUCCCGGGACCGUGACAGGGACAGGGGUCGUAAACGCCGUGACCGAAGCCGAGACCGACGCCGCGAGAGGGAUGCCGAUGGAGACGAAGAGAUGAAGAGCCCAAAAAGCGAUCGCGCAAGUGCUAACGGGAGCCAUAGAAGCCGAAAGAGAAGCAGAAGCCGCGAUAGUGAGAGGAAACGCUCUCGUCGUGACCGUGACCGGGGUGAUGACGCCUACCGCUCGUCUGGCGGCGGCGGAGAUUUUUAUAGAGGUGGUGGCCGGAUGAGAUCCCGUUCCCGGUCUCCGCUGGAUGAUAGAUACUAUAGACCAACUGGCCGAGCUCGCCGUGACGGUGACGAUCGAGACGACGAAAAGCGUCGUUCCCGGCGCGAUAGGGACGGCCGCCGACGUUCGCCCAGCAAGACCCCUGAACCCCAACUGACUGAAGAUGAACGCGACAGACGUACCGUAUUUGUUCAGCAGCUUGCUGCUCGCCUAAGAACCAAGGAGCUUAUUGCUUUCUUUGAAAAGGUUGGCCCAGUAAAGGAGGCCCAGAUCGUGAAGGACAGGGUUAGUGGGAGAUCCAAAGGUGUUGGUUAUGUCGAGUUUAAGAACGAAGAAUCAGUCCCACUUGCCAUCCAGCUUACUGGACAAAAACUUCUAGGAAUCCCAAUUAUCGCCCAGUUGACAGAAGCUGAGAAAAACCGUCAGGCUCGUAAUCCUGAUGCUCAUUCCAGCAACAAUCAGCAGUCUAUUCCCUUCCACAGGUUGUAUGUCGGUAAUAUUCAUUUCAGUAUCACUGAGAGCGAUCUGCAGAACGUUUUCGAGCCGUUUGGUGAACUCGACUUUGUUCAGCUGCAAAGAGAAGAAGCAGGACGUAGCAAAGGUUAUGGCUUCGUACAGUUCCGUGACCCAAACCAAGCUCGUGAAGCUCUCGAGAAGAUGAACGGAUUCGACCUUGCCGGUCGUCCCAUUCGUGUCGGCCUAGGCAAUGACAAAUUUAGCCAUGAUCCGGCCCAGCUGAUGCAACGACUUCAACAACAGGGUCACAACCAAGGUUCAUCGUAUUCCCACCACGGCGGCCGCGGAGCCAACGCGGGUGGUAGUUCCGGCGGUAAUUUCGACCGUGCAGGCGGCCGGGACAAUGACAAGGGCGCUGGCGGCGCAAGCGCGCUAGAUGACACAGAUGUCGCCGGUGUGAACUUUAACAAUUAUAGCAGAGAUGCAUUGAUGAGGAAACUCGCAAGAACAGAUGAACCCGCCGCUGAACCCGCUCCUGACGAGAAACGCAAAGCCCCCAAAGCCCGUACGGAGGCUAAGCCUCUCCCUGUCACCGUCAAUAUGGCAAGCCGCUGUGUGCUUCUACGGAAUAUGUUCGACCCAGCCCAGGAAGAAGGCGAAUCUUGGGUUAAGGAACUCGAGGAUGACGUCCGCGCUGAAUGCGAAGAAAAGUAUGGCCAUGUUGUUCACAUUUCGUUAGAUCCCAAUACCCAAGGCGACAUCUACCUCAAAUUCGACCGUGUCCAGGGAGGCGAAAACGCCAUCAAAGGCUUGAACGGCCGUUUCUUCGGCGGUCGACAGAUUAGUGCCCAACCCGUCGUCGACGCCGUUUACAGUAGUCUUUUCUCCAGGACCAAGGCCAUAUAA